UCUACUCGUGCCUUUUCAUCCCUUUCCCUCAUCUCGUCAGCUCUGUACGCCGACGCUGAGAGGGCGUUUUCCAACCGCGGCUCCCUAUAAACACAACUCAUGGUUAAGACUCUCGACAAAACUGGCGCUUCAACGCCGUCCAAUUCAGUGAAACGGAAAAAGGUUGACGAUGACGACUCAAAUCCUGCGUCCAAGAAGAGAUCUCGGGUCAGCUUUUCUUGUGGAGAAUGUCAUCGUCGGAAACAGAAGUGUGAUCGACAAGUGCCGUGUUCGCAUUGCAUAGCCAGGAAGGUGCCUGAUCUAUGUAAAGCCUACACGCCGGGCAAAACCGAGCAGGACAUCAGUGUGCGACUAGCGCGAAUAGAGCACAUAAUUGAAAUGGCUCUCCCACAGUACUGCAUGCCAGCCACUCCCAACUCAUCGUUUGACCCCCAUAUAUCUGAGUUUCGGCAUACUGCCCUUGAGGAAGACAACCGUUCCCAGCCAGAAGAUCAGGAUCCCAGCGGAGGAACGUUUCAGAGCGGAAAGUGGUACGGUAAUAGUGCCUCAGGUAGCAUUGCUCCCGCGACCAUCCUUGAACAACUGCAAAAUGCCUUCACAUCCACAGACACCGAAGACAAACAUCUUCGCCGUGAUGCCAGAUUAAACGAUAUCACGCUGAAUGGGUCGGGCCACCUUUCUGCUUCUGCUAUCGUUGGUUCAGAACUAGAGCCAACUGCUGCCGAUAACUUGAAAAAUCUUGUACAAGAAUGCGGAGUUUCACCGCACAAGAUAUCGGAGCUUCUGCAUGAGCUUCCACCUCUCAGGACAUCACAGGUGCUCAUUGACUAUUAUUUUAAAUCAUUUUUCAGUAAUUGGACCCGCUAUCCUAUAUCCGAACGUGAUUUCCGCGACGCUUAUAGCUCCAUAUACAAUGGAGGGGACCAUGGAAUAUCAGCCACGAAUCCUCAUGAUGUUCGAUUCUUACCGCUGCUAUUUGUCGUUCUUGCUAUCGCUGUGAGACUUGCACCUGAAGACGUCUCUGGGGAUGUAAGGACUAGAAGGGUUACGUCUCUACGAUACUAUUGGUCUUCGCGGAGGUCACUCCUAAUUGCAGCCGCUAUCCAACCAGAUUCGUUGGACAUAGUGUUAACUCGACUUUUGAGUGCUCGAUUUUUAACUUUUGACCGUCGUAUAACCGAGUGCUGGAGUCAACUAGGUGCUGCUGUUCGGACUGCACAAGCCCUAGGUCUUCAUCGUGAUGGUGCUCCCAUGGGUAUGGAACCUCAUCUAGUUGAAUAUCGACGCAGAAUAUGGCAAGUCCUCCUGAAGUCAUAUCUUUACCAUGCGGACCGUUCAUACGCUCUUGUUCUAGGGCGGCCAAAUUCUAUUCAGGAUAUCUACACAUCUACACUCCCGCCGUCGAAUAUAGACGACGAAUCUUUGAGUCGCCCUAUUCCUCUUUCUUCCCCGACACCUAUGACCUUUGUAAUCCUAAGGCAUCAGCUGGCUUCAAUUAUCGGUAGAAUCGCUCAUCAUUUCCAGCAAGUUAAGCCCAGCCAUUAUUCCGAAGUCACGGCCUUGGACGACGAACUUUUAAAUUUCAUUGCCAGCCUUCCGCCCCAUUUUGCCCUCGAACCUGAUCGCUCUCUCGAUGAAACCCACUCCUAUAUUCCUGUCCAUCGUUAUCUUCUCAUCACCGAGAUCAUGUUCGUAAGAACAAGUCUCCAUCGACCAUACAUACUCAGACGGCUCAGCUCUGACCGUUAUGCUCGUUCGCGAGAGGCGUGUUUCGAAUCUGCACUCAAAGAUUUUCAGGUUCGACAGGCCUUCCGGGAAGUCCAGUCAAAGGAGGUCCGAGAUUCCCUCAGUAAUGCGUACAGGGAGUUCCAGACCGCUAUGAUCAGCGGAAUAUAUCUAGUCCUUCAUCCAUCAGGGAAGGAUGAGGCGGCUAUGCAUGCCAUCCUUGAUUCGUUCAUGAAGGAGCAUGAAGGCAUACGGGAUAUGGAUGAAACAACCCGACGGGAGCUGAAGACCAUAGAAUUUUUGAAGAAUAAAGCAUCUCAACGGACUCUGCCUAAUGCUAUGGGAUCUCUCCCACAGAACGAUCCUGCACACCUCUUACUAGGUCUACAGCAGGCUUCUACGCCACAUCCUCCUCCAUUCCCAUCUCUGUUGAACUUGCCCCCUGCCUCCUCGCCACGAAGUCCAUAUGCGACACAUAUAAAUCAAUCUCCAACGUUCCAAAGACUGCAGAGCGCUUCGGGAGACUUCGAAAAUUCGCCGACAGCAUCUGGUAGUCCCAACGGUGAAGAGGACUCUACCGCGCAGUCGUUGUUAGACCACUGGUGUAAUGCAAUCAGUGCGCCGUUGGAGGGAUCUAGCUCCGCCUCGUCUUGGGGAGGACUCCCCGGAAACUUCGCUGGCUGGGCGGGGACAACAUCGACGUUGGUUGGAGCACCAGAUCCUCGCCUUCUGGCUGGUAUUGAUGGUAACGAGUGGAACUAUUGGGAGACAUUAGUAAACCAGAUUCGAGGGCCUGUUCCAGGGUCCAGCUAGACGACAGGUAUCUUAAACGCAGCAGAUAUAUAUAGCAUAGCACGCUUUAACUUUCGUGUUUUUUUGUAGUCCUAGGUCAUAGCUUGUAUCAGAAUAAGACCGAUCUGUCUAGUACAUCUGACGUGAAGUUAGGGAUACCCUG